UCCCGUUGCGAAAUCAAGCACGUAUGUUGUCAUUUUCGCAACGACCCGUUGUUAUAUUUUUCAACAACGGCUGUUGGUGAAUUGUGCACGAACGUGCUCAAAUUGACACCGAGACGUGGUCAACUUUCGGUACCAACAACAGCCGUGCUUAAUUUGUCCAUUUGUAAUAUUGGUAAUUGCAGCCGAUUACACACGAGUAAAAAAUGACAACGGUGGUGCAUGAUUCACACACGGUCGUUGUCAAUAUGACACCGGUCGUGUAUGAAUUAUGCACCACCACCUGCAUAAUGAUGCACCACCGUUGUUACUUUGUACACCGACGUGCAUGAAUCGUACACGAUCGUUGCCAUUUUAGCAACUACCGUGUAUGAAUCAUGCACCACCGUUGUCAUUUUUUUUACUCGUGUGCAAUCGGCUGCAUAUUUACCAUUUUUUCCGUGUUAUUGAAAGAGAAAGGACGCAUUGUGCAAAAAAUUUAUUGAAAAUGAAUAAUAAUUCGCAAGAUCCUCAAAAUAUCAUUGGUGAGUUGUUAGAAAUCGAUGGCAAUAUUGUUGUGGUUCGCGAUACAAACCAUUGCAGCAGUCAAGAUGCGGAAAACAAUGAGGACGAUUAUAUGUUAAGGGAGUUCUUAAAAGGAAUAAAUAUGGAGUCGCUUUUUGAACAAUUAAAAGCAUCACAUGUAACAUUUCGCAGUUUGCAGUACUUGAAAAAAGAAGAUUUAAAGGAAGCAGUGCCACCAUUGGGACUGCGAGUUGAAUUCAGAGAAAAGCUCUUUGCUUGGAAAAAACGAAAGCUCGGGAUUGAUGACGAAACUAUGUCAGUUCCAUCUAAAAUAGGUGAAUGGUGGAAACGCAACGAGACACCUGCAAGUACUCCUGGUACUCCCGACACUACAGGUUCGAACUGCUCAAAAGCCAAAGGAAUUUUGUCAGAGGAUCUAACGGAAUUGUUAACACAUACCUCGAAGGGGAAACUAGCGCUUGAAUGUAGUAGCGUUAAUAAGAAAUUAAGUGACGAGCAAAGAGAUGAUAUAAUUAAUAUAAUUAUUGAAGAUAUUUUAACCAACAAUGUUACUCUUUACACUCAAGACUAUAUGCGCAUAUUGGAUGAAAUUUGUUCCGUUUUUCCUCUUGAAAACGAAAUGAGGGAUUAUUAUUACAUUUCAAGAAAAGGAAAGAACAACGCAAGCGGAAAACUUUAUGCCAAGUAUAGAAACAAGAAGUCCAAAAGAAUAAAGCUUUUGAUUUCCGAGCCUAGCACAAGCAAAGCAGCAACUCACACAUCUCCUAAUUUUUGUAACAAAGAUGUUCCCGAAAUUGAUGAAUCAGUUGAAAAUUCAUUGAAAGCUUCCUUACUAAGAGAAUGUAAUGAUUGGGGAUCGAUCUGCGAAAAAUGGAAAAGAUCUUUUAACAUACGGCAAAGAGAUAUAAAAAAUUUAAGUAGCCAUACAUUUCUCCUUGAAUGGACGAAGUUGUCCGAUGCAAGAGCUUCAGAAUUGGUAAGUAGCCAUGAGCUAUUUAUUUGUAUAUGGAUACUAAUGUUUCGUUUUAGGUCAACAUUGAUUUCGAUAUUAUGUAUCCACAGAAAGGCAAUCUUCUACUUUCUAAAUGGGACCAAUUUAAGAAAGAAAGAUUUGGCAAAAGAGGAAUAUUGUUACAAAAAAAAUGAGCCAGCUUCAAUUGAUGCAUUGGAAGACAACAUUGAAGAAUUUAUUCCAGAGUUGCUGGCCGAAAUGUUGGAAAGAGUAUGGCAAAAUUAG